CAGUAUCAACACUUCAUUCCUCAGUUCCUCCUCAAGAACUUCUCCCACAAAUAUGUUGCGCCCGACUACCCUGACGCGGCGAGGGGUAGGAGGCGCGACCCCAGGACAGGGAUCUAUUCUGGAGAGCCAGUGGUUAACUGCCUUCGCCUCUCUGAUGGAUUUUCCCUAGAGGAGUGUCCGGCUCGACGAGCUUGCGGCUUGGAAAAUAUGUACGAGGACACGGAAAAUCCUCUGAAAGACUAUAGCCAUCUCGAGAACAAGUUUGCCGCCUUGGAGAGUACAGCGAGCCUCAUUUAUCGCAAAAUCAUCAAGACGUAUAAAGAUGGCAAGGAUGACAUUUGGCUGACAAGAGCAGAACAAGAUGUCUUGCGCAAGUUCAUGUUCUUGCUCACAUUGCGUAGCGUGCAAUACCACCGAAAGUUCAACCUCGACAGUAUACAAGAGUAUGAAGGGGAGGACAAGGGGUGGUUGCAAGAGUACAUGGAAGGCUGCAGGGUCAUUAAGCCGAUUGAUGUCUGGCUCCAAAGCCUGGAGACAAUCAUUGAUUUGGAGAUUGAUACAGACGGGAAGUGGGAGAAAUUCAUCAAAGAGGCGAUCUACUUCCCCAUUGGCGACAUGUUUGUUGAUUAUAUCAACGAAAUGUACAUGACCAUAUGCACGCCGGAUAACCACGUCGAAGAGUUUAUUCUUACAGACAACUGCUGCAACGUAAUCGAAGGGCGGACCCCAGCUUACCCCGAUACCAAUGCCGUGAACCAUCUCGACCUGGCUCCCUGCUUUCACAAGUUUGCCCCCAUUUCGCCAAAGCUUAUGAUAGUCUUGCGGUCCACCCUUUUGCCUGAGCCUCUUGACUCUGCGAAUUCUGUCGUUACGAUGUGGCGGCAAGUCCAGCAGCAGAUUUGGAUUGACACUCGCUUUGGAAACGGAACUAAAUCUUUGCUAGAGGAUCUCCCUAUUCGAAAGGCAAAGACUACCUACAUGGAGGAAGUCAAUGGAGAGUUGAAGCCAAGAACGGGACAGAACCAUAAGCCAGGCCAGCAUGACAACUUCUGUUUCACAAUUUUUAAAAUACCCAGUCGCCAUGUCCGAAUAAUCAACGGGCUGUUAAUUGAUCACGCGUUCCAUGGCUCAAGGAUCAUCUUUUUAAAGAAGAAAGCUUUUUUGGACUUGGUAGAAUGGUUUCUGGCGGAACCAUGUGUGGUCGGAAAAAAGUUGACUGAAAAGUAC